CUCUCACCAUCACAAUCAUCUCAUUCAAAACCCCUCAACUUCAAUGACAACCCCUUCACAAACCCUAAUCCACCAUGUCUAAUCCCAUCACCAUCACAAACCGCUCACAAUCACCAUGAUUUCAUCACCAUCUCCAUGGAUCCCCACACUCACCCUUCUCCUCUUAUCCCUCCCAAUAAUCUUCUUCUUCACUUCCCACAUCCUCCCCCCACCCCCACCCCCAAUACUCUCCCUCCCUGACGAACUCGACGAUCUCACCCUCUUCCGCCGUGCUGCCGCCGUCGAUUCCCACCCGACCCACAAACCCAUUUCACGUCUCGGAUCCACCAACCGAAAACCCAAAAUCGCCUUCCUCUUUUUAACAAACACCCCUCUCCACUUUGCCCCUUUAUGGGAAAGAUUCUUUAACCCCAACAAUUCUGUUCAAAUCAAGAAUCUUUACAAUGUUUAUGUUCAUUCUGACCCUACUGUUAAACCCUAUGUUAAACCCCCAGGUGGGGUUUUUUCACAAGAUCGGUUUAUUCCCGCGAAACAAACGUUUCGGGGUACUGCAACCCUAAUCGCCGCCGCACGCCGCCUCAUCGCCGCCGCGAUUAUUGACGACCCGGAUAACAUGUUUUUCACCUUGGUGUCUCAACAUUGCAUACCCCUUUAUUCGUUUCAGUUUGUGUAUAAUUCUUUGUUUGAGAUUAAUGAUCAUCAAGUGGCUGAGUUAAAGGGUUUGAAAUAUAAAAGCUUUAUUGAAAUAAUUGAUCAAGAUGUUAACUUGUGGGAUAGGUAUACUGCUAGAGGGAAUAAUGUGAUGACCCCUGAAGUAAAGUUCGAAAAUUUUCGUGUGGGUUCGCAGUUUUUUACGCUUACGAGGCGGCAUGGGUUGAUGGUGGUUAAGGAGAGGAGGUUGUGGAAGAAGUUUAGGCUGCCGUGUUUGAGACCGCAGUCUUGUUAUCCGGAAGAGCAUUAUUUUCCGACGUUUUUGUCCAAUGUGGAUCCGGAUGGGUGUGCUGGGUAUACGUUGACUCGGGUUAAUUGGACGGAUAGUGUUAAUGGACACCCGCAUACUUAUUAUCCGUCUGAGUUGUCGCCGGAGUUGAUUUUUAAUCUUAGGAGGUCUAGUUUUGCUUUGCCUUAUAUGUUUGCGCGGAAGUUUUCGCCGGAUUGCUUGAAGCCGUUGAUGGAGAUGGCUGAUGAAGUCAUUUUCCGGGACUGAGUUCUUAUGAUUUCUGGUGAGCCGAAACCAGCUCAGCUGGAAUUUCUUUCAACAUAACUGUACAUACAGAUGCUAGAAGAGUACAAUGAGCCAAAUGCAGACACAAUGCGAGGAUGAACGAUUCGACAAAGCUCAAUUGAUGAAGGGUUAUAUAAUACUUGCAAAAACAGAAGCCAAAUAGUCUGCUUUUGGGAAUUGUAACCUCAACUUUUAUGAUAGAGUCUUUUGUUGUUCAUCACUCUUUUGCUUUGUGUUGUUUGUAUAGCUUUUCUGCUGUAGGUAAUGCAUAUUUUUUUGAGUAAA